AUCUACUCACAAAGUUCGACUAAAAAGUUCGAUCCGUGGCAGUAUUAUAUAUUGCUGAUUUCAUAACCUAACACCUAACUUAAGUGGUUAAAAGACUUUAAGACCUAGCCAGUAACCAUCACACCCUCUUUUUGCAAUCAGUCUAUCCUGGUUCGACAAUACAGCAUAUGUAACUGGAAAAAAAAAAUUAGGGUUUAAUAACUUUCAAUUUCCUGUAAUUUUUCUCAACUUGCAACCCUAAUUUAAUUUGGGGCUUUUGAUUUUCGCUGAAUUCAGCAACCAUCUGCAACAUUCUCAUCACCCAAUUCACUUCUGACGGUGAAAUUAAUUUGUGAUCAUGACCUCGAAAAUCGCCGAUAUUCGUCUUGUUGCUUCUCACCCUGAAGUUUAUGAACCCUGUGAUGAUUCAUUUGCUCUAGUAGAUGCUCUUUUAGCUGAUCGAAUGAAUUUGCUACAACUUGAACCAACAAUGUGUUUAGAAAUAGGAUGUGGUAGUGGUUAUGUGAUCACAUCUUUAGCCUUAAUGUUGGGGCAAGAUACUAAUAGUAGUGUACAUUGUUUUGCAACUGAUAUUAAUCCGGAUGCGGUUGAGGUAACCUUGGCGACAUUAAAGGCUCAUGGGGUUCACGCCGAGGUUAUGAACAUGGAUAUUGCCUCAGCGUUGGAGGACCGCCUUGCGGGGUUGGUGGAUGUGGUGGUUGUGAACCCCCCGUAUGUUCCGACCCCUGAGGAUGAAGUGGGGGCUGGUGGGAUUGUUGCUGCGUGGGCGGGGGGGGAGGAUGGGAGGAGUGUGAUUGAUAGGAUAUUACCUGUUGCUGAUAAGCUUUUGUCUGAGAAGGGUUGGUUGUAUAUGCUUACUCUUGCUGCUAAUAAGCCGUCAGAGUUGUGUGGGUUGAUGAGAAAGAAAGGGUAUGCGUCGAAGAUUAUAGUUCAAAGGUCGACUGAGGAAGAGAGUCUUCAUGUUAUUAAGUUCUGGCGUGAUCCUGAUAGUGAAGUUCAGAUUAAGAAGGCAAUGGCUAACAGAGGAAGUCCGACAUCAAUUUUCUCCAGAUUGUCACGCUUGUCGUUCUCAGGGCAUGGGAAUGCUAAUUCUAAGUAAUCAAUGGCUAGGUAGCAGAACCUACAACUACCAUAUGGAUGAAAUCAUGAAUGUUUGCCUCUAUUGAUAAUGUCAUUGGCAAAGUUUUCUUUUAUCUGAGAAAAGAUCAAGGAAGACUGAAACUUUCGACUGAGUUCAAUGACAGAUAUUUUGGGUUGGUUCAGUGAUAAGCAAUAAUCACUGCAAAGACCAUGUGUGAGUUGAAUUGCAGAAAAUUACAGCAUCGACCAGCAAUCCAGCAUCACUCUGGAUUUGCAACAUCACAGCUGCUAAUUAACAUGCUUAUAAUGUACACUCUGAACUACUUUGCGAGUUUGUAUACCUCAGAAAGAGAGUUGCUUGUAUGAGAGAUUGGGAAUGUUGGGGAACCCAGGAUCCUUAAUUGCUUGCUUUCUUUGCAACUUGUUGCAGCAUAAAGGCUGUCGAUGAAACAUAGGCCAGUAGAAUUUUCAUGCUAUAUUUACUUUCAUCGUCUUC